CGGCUAACGCCAUUUCCACGCAGCGCAGUCAGUCGUCCAGCCGCGGAGCACCGAGCUGUCACCUCCUCAGCGGUUCACCCGGCCCCCAUGCGGCCGCUGUCGGGUUCGGUUUGACGGAGGCGUCGCUGCCAUGGAGCCGCGGGGGCAGAGGCUGCGGAGGCCACACGUAGCUUCCCGUGUAGCUACGUAGCUAGCCGCUCAUCACCAGCGACCGACGCGGAGAAGCGGUCACUGAACGCGGCGCGGACACUUGGCAGAUUCCGCUCCGGAGCUCCGGGCUCACAUUUCACUCUUCCCGUCGGACGUCGGUAGACGGAGCGGCACCCCCAUCGGGGAAACGACUCGAUUCACGCGGGGGGGAGAGGCGUUUCGGUCCGGCUACACUGGCAACGGAUGUCCUAGAGAACGGAUGCGUGAGGACAUGUCCACCAUGGUGUGCGUGAAGGAGGAGGAGGACCCUGGGGAGAAGCUGUCCCAGGAGGAGAUCAUCUCCCGGACCAAGCAGGUGAUCCAGGGGCUGGAGGCGCUGAAGCAGGAGCACCACUCCAUCCUCGACGGCCUGCUGGGCACGCUGCGCUGCCUGAAGCAGGAUGAGGAGGGCGUCCUGGUGGAGGAGAAGUCCCACAUGAUCCGCAAGUCCAUGGAGAUGCUGGAGCUUGGGCUGAGUGAAGCACAGGUGAUGAUGGCGUUGUCGAGCCACCUGAGCUCGGUGGAGUCGGAGAAGCAGAAGCUGCGAGCUCAGGUCCGCCGGCUCUGCCAGGAGAACCAGUGGCUGAGGGACGAGCUGGCCGGGACGCAGCAGAAGCUGCAGAAGAGCGAGCAGAGCGUGGCCCAGCUGGAGGAGGAGAAGAAGCACCUGGAGUUCAUGAACCAGCUGAAGAAGUACGACGAGGACCUGUCCCCAACUGAGGAGAAAGACUCUGACUCCAGCAAAGAGACUCUGGAUGAUCUCUUCCCUGACGACCACGACGACCAACCCCCGGGCAUCCAGCCGGCUCAUGGCAGUGCCGCGGCGGCGGCUGCCCAGCAGGGAGGCUAUGAGAUCCCGGCCCGUCUGAGGACGCUCCACAACCUGGUGAUCCAGUACGCCUCCCAGGGCCGGUACGAGGUGGCUGUGCCGCUUUGCAAACAGGCCCUGGAGGACCUGGAGAAAACCUCUGGACACGACCACCCAGAUGUUGCCACCAUGCUCAAUAUCCUCGCCCUCGUCUACAGGGAUCAGAACAAAUACAAGGAGGCAGCCAACCUGCUGAAUGAUGCUCUGGCCAUUAGAGAGAAGACGCUCGGCAGAGACCAUCCUGCGGUUGCAGCCACCCUCAACAACUUGGCUGUCCUCUAUGGGAAGAGAGGGAAGUACAAGGAGGCCGAGCCUCUGUGCAAGAGGGCGCUGGAGAUCAGAGAAAAGGUGCUGGGGAAGGACCACCCAGACGUGGCCAAGCAGCUGAACAACCUGGCCCUGCUGUGUCAGAACCAGGGCAAGUACGAAGAGGUGGAGUACUACUACAUGAGAGCGCUGGAGAUCUACCAGACCAAACUGGGCCCCGACGACCCCAACGUGGCCAAGACCAAGAACAACCUGGCGUCCUGUUACCUGAAGCAGGGCAAGUUCAAGCAGGCCGAGACUCUUUAUAAAGAAAUCCUCACCCGCGCUCACGAGAGGGAGUUCGGCUCUGUUGACGAUGAGAACAAACCGAUCUGGAUGCAUGCUGAGGAGCGAGAGGAGCAAAGCAAGGGGAAGCAGAAGGACGGCUCACCGUUUGGAGAAUAUGGAGGCUGGUACAAGGCCUGUAAAGUGGACAGCCCCACAGUGACCACCACCCUGAAAAACCUCGGCGCCCUCUACAGGCGACAGGGCAAGUUUGAAGCCGCGGAGACGCUGGAGGAAGCCGCCAUGCGCUCCAGAAAGCAGGGUCUGGACAAUGUGCACAAGCAGCGUGUGGCCGAGGUCCUGAGCGAGCCGGAGGCCCGCGAGAAGCAGCGGAGCCGCGAGAGCUUGACCUCCGACACGGUGAAGUACGAGAGCGGGCCGGACGGUGGCGAGGAAGUGAGUAUGAGCGUGGAGUGGAACGGGGACGGCUCCGGCGCCCUGAAGAGAAGCGGCUCCUUCAGCAAACUACGAGCGUCGAUCCGUCGCAGCAGCGAGAAACUCGUCCGCAAGCUGAAGGGCGGCGGCUCGACGCGAGACAGCGAGCCCAAAAACCCAGGCAUGAAGCGAGCCAGCUCUCUGGGCGUCCUUAACGUGGCGGACAAGGCUGCGAGUGACCACUACCAAGAACGAAAUAAUCGUCUGAGGAGAAGUCGCGACCUGAGUGCCAGCCACACCGACCUGGCGCUGUGAAGGUGGUUCGACGAGGACGAGGUGAGGGGCGGAGCCUGAGAGGUCACCGAGGUCACGAGAGCUCUGUCAUUCGUCCAAACUUCAGCCCCUCUCGCUGUAAAUAGGUUGCUGUGGACGCUUCUCGUUUCCCUCGUUUCCCUCGUUACACUCGUUCAUUCGCUGUUCAGGUUUAAAUCUUUUCUGCACUUUUACACGUUUGAGGUGUUUCUUUUUUUUUUCGUCAGUGCAAAUGAAGAAACGGGGGGGAAAUGAAAAAUCCAUGAUUUUGACCUGAGUGUUUUUCAUUUGUUAAUCUUUUCUGUCUGUUUUAUUUCUGUGCGUUUACUGUACGUGAGUCCGAUUUAAUCGCCCGAUUUAAUAAUUGAGUUUUUUGCUCAGCGAUUCACAGACUGUACUUUCUGCAUUAAUUAAAAACCCUUCAGGACACUCCUCUGUUGAACCUGCAGGGGGCGCUCACGUCUCCUCGAGGCUGUUUUUCCUAAAAAAUCUUCCAUCAUGUGUCGACUGAAGAUUUUGCUUUUGACGUAUGAAGUUCUAUGUUUACAUUUGGGUUUAUUGUGUUAAUGAUGUUUUAUUUGUUUCUGCUCUGAAGAGUUCGUUUCUCUCGAAGUUUGUAAAAAGCCUCGAGAUCAGAAUCGCGACAACUCGUCUCUGCUUCAGAGAAAAGAGGCGGAGUCGGUGGAUCCACCGAGAGGAGGCCGGGCGACGCCUCCUCAGAAUGGAGGCCGGGCGGCGCCUCCUCAGGACGGAGGCCGCCGGCGCCUCCUCAGGACGGAGGCCGGCCGGCGCCUCCUCAGGACGGAGGCCGUAGUUUCACACACUGACUGCAAAGUUCAAAACACUUUUAAACUGUAAAAAACUCCAGACAACACUUUACCUUGUGAGUGAAGUGGAACAAAUCCAACCAAACUUAUUUAAAGAAACUUAUUAUUAUGCAAAAAAUGAUUCCUGAGCAUUUUCAGAGGAGACUUAAGUUGCCAAUUUAAAAUAUGUAUAUUUGCUUUUUACCAAAAUAAAAGAGGCUCGUUAUAACUAAUUAGAUUCAUAGCUUUAUAAAAGAUAAACUUUAUAAACCAGCGAUUCACUUUGAUUUGUUUCUUUAAAACUGGAAUUUAAUGUAAAGAUGAAAACAAAUAGUUUUACAGCAGGAGAAGCAAAAUCAGGACAAAACAGUUGAUCAUGAAAAUGUCUAAAUAUUGUCAGUGUUUAGAAUCUGACUAAAACUAAGAUUUAGUUUUAUCAACCUUAAUUAAAUUACAUUUAUCAUCUUAUACUGGUGAGAAGCUUAAACUGUCCGACCCCAUGAAUCAAACUGAAGGAUGAAGAUCGACACUCAGUUGUGUUGAUGCUGAUUCACUUUGAUAUCGUGUUCGUCUGAGGUUUAGAAAUAGUUCGAGCUGGUUAUCGUUUGAGUUUUUAUUUAUUUUAGAGUCAGACAGAAAAACAAAUGUUUCCACUGUUACAAAUAAAUCACUUUGUCCACAGUCACUAAAAUAAUCAUUAAUGCAGAUUGACGUCCAGCGUAACGUUAACAAGGUCGAAUAAAAGCAGAAAGGGAACAGUUCACAGAAGAGUCAGAGGAGAACGAGUUCCCUCACAGAACAAACGUCAUGUGACUGAGACGAGGAUCUUAGCUUCCCUGACAUUAAGAAAUAUAAAAGUAUAUUUUAAAUAAAGAUCUCAGGAGCUGCCUGAUCGAACAAUAAGGAAAUAUGAUUAUAAAUCUGAUCAGUCAACAGAUUUUAAGACUUUCUGUUAAAGACACUUUUCAGUCUUCACUAAAACACAAAGUAAUCAGAUUACUCUGAUCAGGUUUAACGCUUCAGGAUUUUUACAAAAGCAACUUCAGACUGAUUUUAAAUCUCAAACAGACGAAACCUGGAUUUUAUUUUUAUCUCGAUUGAAGGAAGUUUCACUGGAAACAUCAGGCUGAUAAGAAACAAACAAACAUGAAGUUAUUUUAUUUUAAUGCCGAAAAUAAUGGAAUCCGAUUUGUGACAGAUGCAUUUGCUGAAUUGUAAUCUGUUUUUAUCUUGAACGAUAGUUUUUCAUGCAGAAGUUUGACAAGUGUGUAGUUUUUGUCAGGAUUGUGCAAUAAGUCUGACGUGAGCUUCAUUUAAUUAGAAACUCUUUUCUGAUUCUGAUCCUUAAAUCUGAUCAUAAUUAACUGACGUCUGAACCGAGGCAGAGAUUUUAAAUGAAGGAAUCAAAUCCAACACAUUAUAAUUAUUCGUUAUCUUCCUUCUCUUCUCUGAAACAUUUCCUCUUUCCAAACUAAUAAAUAAAAUAAAUAUGAAGCCCUGAAAAUGUAAAUAUACAGUAAAAUCUGAGUAGAUUAAAUAACUUGAAUAUUAUUAAUAGUUUUUUUUCCCGUCUGUGCCUGGAAUGAUUUAGUGAUUUUAGAAUUAAAUCUGAUUGUUUUUCUUUGUGCGGAUGAUUUUAUUGACGAGUCGAGUGUGUUGACUGUUGAUCAGUCUGCUCAUCAACCUGCUUUUUUAAAUCGCUGUUGUCUUAAUGUAGAAGUUCUGCAAAGUAUCGAGGCACAUAACUAAUGUUUCAUGGUUCUGACGAGGGGAGCAACAGUUUGAGCAACGACGUCAGGCAACAGUGAGGAGUUUCAAAAGAUCAGAUGUUCACAGUAAAACGUAAAGAUUAUUACAAAGGUCAAUUUCUUUCUACUAUUUUUAAAUGUUGUUUUUCCUUCAGUAACAUUUCUGGCUAUGUGCUAUAAUUAAAUAUAUAAAAUAAAGUGUCUCAUCACAGAUGCUGUUGCACAACUUUAGGUCAAAGUUUCCUCAAACUGUUGCUCGAGAAACGUUCAAGUAACUGGAAGGAAAAGUGAGAAACUUCGAAACCAGAUUUAAAACCCAGAUCCUUUGUGGGCGGGGACGACGAUGAGGUGAAUGUAAAGUUCGGAUUUAUAAAAGCACAGAAAACGUCUCGUUGGACUUUGUGUGAUUUUCUUGUUGAAGCAGUAAAAGUCUGUUUCUCUAUGUGGUCGAUUUGAUUUGAUCUGUAACGACUGUGGACCGUGUUGUUGUGUGGAGCUGUAAAGUCGACGGUCGGACAAAGUUUAUCCCUAAAUCGGGAUAAAUAAUAAACACAGCGCCCUCUAUCACCCCCCAGUUGAACUGCAACAAUAUCUAUCGAACUUUUACACCAGCUACAUACGUGAUAUUCCGUCAAUACUUCAUGUGUAUUCAUUGUGCAGGAUCACACAAAUCAAGGACCCAAAUCUUUAUUUAUUACAUGCGUCAUUACCAUGGCAACACAUUGGACCCUCCUCUUUUACAGCUCCACGAAUCACAAGCUCCGAAAUUGUAUUUUUUUUGUGACGUUACAGUUUUACAAAAUACAAACGUAGAAGUUUUCCCUCUGUGUUAAAUAUGAAAUAAAGCCGUCCUCUGUUUUGA